GAAUAUUUCAUUUCAUUUUCAUUUCACCUUCCUGCUUUCUCUCUCUUCUACUUUCUCUCUCUAACUUCUCACUAAAAACAAGCUUAGAUAUAUUUUUAUUUUUAUGCAAAUUAUUUUAUUGGGUUUGUUUGAUAAUUAGCUGUUAUUUACUUGUUGGGUGAUGAUCUUCUGUCGUUUGAUUCUUGGAAAGGUGUCGUUUGAUGGCAUUGAAGUGUAGUUGUUCUUGAACUUUGGUAAAGGGAAAUAGGAAAUAGGGCUUAAUUAAGGAUCAUUCUAGUUUAUUAAAGGCAUAUAUUUGGAUUAAAUUGUAAUUCUUUGGAAGAACAUUUAUGCAUGGAGGCCAAAGAAAGUAUGACGACGGGGGUGACAGUUAUAGGAGCAGAAGCUCCGUCGAAUUAUCAUAUGGCAUCCAGGGGUGAAGCCCCCUCUCAACCCCCAAAUCAGUUAGCUAUAUCACCAACUGGGGUUGUUACUCCAGGAAGUACUGGCAUACCGGGAUUGGUGGACAAAAAGAAGAGAGGUAGGCCUCGAAAAUAUGGACCUGAUGGUAGUGUAUCAAGAUCAUACUCGCCAAAGACGACUUCAGUGUCAGCUCCAACUUCUGGUGGUAGUCAGCCAAGUGGGAAGCGGGGUAGGGGAAGGUCAGCCGCUUCAGAGGCCAAACAGCAGCCCAGCUUUGAGAUGGUUUCUAUGGGCGAUGGAUUUGGACGCUCUGACGGAGCCAACUUCACUCCCCAUGUCAUAACCGUCAAUGUUGGUGAGGAUGUUACAGCAAAAAUUAUAUCCUUUUGUCAACAAGGACCACGUGCAAUUUGCAUUCUUUCAGCAAAUGGAAUGGUAUCAAAUGCUACACUUCGUCAAUCAGAUUCUUCUGGAGGUACAUUGACAUAUGAGGGACGCUUUGAGAUAGUAAACUUGUGUGGAUCUUUCACACCUACUGAGAGAGAAGGUACAAGGUAUAGAGCAGGUGGGCUUAGUGUCUCUCUAUCGAGUCCAAAUGGUCAGGUUGUUGGAGGAUGCGUUGCUGGAUUGCUGAUUGCUGCUAGCCCAGUUCAGGUCAUUGUCGGGAGUUUCUUACCAACUAACCCGCCUGAGCUCAAACCAAAGAAGCCCAAAGUACAAGUACAAACACCAUCUGCACCAACUCCUUUUACGAUUACAACUGCCCUUCCUCCACCUAAUGUUGCUGAGAAAGAUUCGUGUAAUGGCCAAGGGCACAAUCAUAAUAAUUCUGUAGCCCCAAUGCAGAACAUUACAUCACUUGCAUCUUAUCCACGAGAAAAUUGGCCGAACACACAUUCUAUGCAGGAACGAAGGACAUCCACCACUGAUAUAAAUAUAUCUUUGCCUGGAGGGAUGUAGGUUCUCAGCUGGUAGUCUGACUUGUAUGCUAAUCAGCUAAUCACAGGAAGGAAUAUAUAUUAGGAUGAAAAGGCGGUCUGAGUCCGGGUUUUUCCCUCACUAUAAUUUGUGCACAUUUUCUGAAAUUCGGAGCUUUGUAUGGACUAACUUAGUAUUGAUGUUUUACAUGCUAUAGUUACAUUAGGAAACUGGGUUUUUUUUUUAGUUUUGCAGGAUUUUAGUGGGUGUGGUUCUUGUCUCUAUGUUCUUUUAUAGAAAUCACAAGGUUGUAAGCACCUUACAAUAUAGGGUGAACCUUGAUUACCACGUUUAUCAUGUUAAUUUCUUGGUGUAUUAGUCUUGUACUUUGUUGCA